UACUGUUCGUGUUUAAGCAGUGGACUUUCUGGUGUCGGUCGAGUAUCGCGGAGUGAUCAUAUAAACUGCAAUGUUAAAAUAUGGACGAGCCUGAAAUUAAUUCUGAAAGACAAUGUGACAUAUAUAUAUUAUUCGAUUAAUCCAUUCAACCUGUAUCUGUUGUUGCUAUAGCUGCUUCGUAAUGCAGUACAUGCGCACCGCUGAAAAUAUUUGUUCAGGCACUUUAGCUAACAGCUAACAGCUAACAGUAGCCGCUAGUAGUAGGACCUACACUGCUACAGCGGUCCACUCCAUACACGACGUAGCGUUAGCAAUAAGAGCAGCAUCACGGAGUGCUACACGUUUGCUCCAGGAAAAAAAAAACAACAACAUCCACACAGGUGUCGGGAGUGUCCUGGGAUACAGACGGAUCCGCAAUGUUGAACCCGACCAAUGGCGACCCAAGCCACGUUGUUGUGAAUUAUGUUGAGGAGUAUUUGGACCUGGUGGAAUCACUGCCUUUUGAUUUGCAGAGGAGUGUGUCCCUCAUGAAGGAAAUUGAUGCCAGGUAUCAAGAUGUUUUGAAGGAGCUUGAUGAUGCUUAUGAACGGUAUCGCCGGGAAUCCGACUCACUUCAGAGGCGAAAGCUUCAGUUAUCCAUUCAGAGGGCGCUGAUUCGCAGUCAAGAGCUUGGAGAUGAGAAGAUCCAGAUUGCUGGUCAAAUGGUGGAGAUGGUUGAGAACCGAACACGACAAAUAGACUGGCAUUCUGAAUUUCUCCUUUCCUCUCAGGAAGUCCCAGAGAGCCACAUUCCCACGGCAACAUCCAUGACAACCACUGUAGCAUCUAUGAUGUCAUCAUCAUCCGCCACCAUCACUCCAGGCAAAACUAGCCACCAUGACAGGAAGCGUGAUGAGGUCACCCCAGGCUCAGGUGGUGGAGACAAGGCUGGAGGGAAACGCUCAAGACGUCAGAAAAAUGGAGAAACGCGGGAAAGUUACGGGGGUCUGGAUCACGCUGAGGAAGUGGGAGUGGGGGCAUCCCGGGAAAAGAGGGCCAAAACAUCUUCAAAGAAGAAGAAAAGGUCAAAAGGAAAGUCUGAGAGAGAAGUGUCACCCCCAGACCUGCCCAUUGAUCCAGAUGAGCCAACAUACUGCUUGUGUGAGCAGGUGUCCUACGGCGAGAUGAUUGGCUGUGAUAAUGAUGAAUGUCCCAUUGAGUGGUUUCAUUUCUCCUGUGUUGGGCUCCAUCAUAAGCCCAAGGGCAAGUGGUACUGCCCCAAGUGUAGGGGUGAGAAUGAGAAGACCAUGGACAAGGCCUUAGAGAGGGCCAAGAAGGAGAGGGCAUACAACAGGUAGCUUGCUCUGUCUGGCCCAAUGAACACUAUUGCGUAAAAAAAUUUAAUUUUAUUUCUCGUCUUUUUCCAUUUUCUGUCAACACUGUUUAAAGAAGUAAAGAAUUGAUGAGAGGGAUCUUGUAAAUAGUUAUUUUUGUAACUGCUGCAUAGCUGAGAAACAAGAUUGCUUCCUCCUGGUUGGGAUCAUUUGUAAAGAAUGGACAUAGUACAGUACAACCUGUAUGUCACCAGCUGUCCUGCACUUACAUCCACUUUGUUUUCAUCAUGCAUGCAACACCACCUACACCAUCACAUAUGCUCAACUAACAAAUAAAACGUUUCUAAACAAAGAA